AUGCCAGAGGAGGACGGGCCAGGAGGGCGAGCGCUGGGCUGGCCAAGGUUUCCAGGCCCCUCUCUGACCUCCCAGGGCCACCAGCCCAACCCUCUGGCCCUCCCAACCGCAGAGGAACAGGCACCGCUGUGCUGCCUCCGUGCCCGGCCCAACAAACCCGAAAGCUGGACGAGGGUGGAUGAGGAACUUCUUGGGGGAGCCUGGCAGCUAUGUCUGGUUGCUGAGGGAAGGGACCCCCGUGGUGGUGGGAUCUUUGAAGCGUUUGGUCAACGUGUGAACCGCCAUUUCCACAUGAUCUGUAUCCGAGAUAAGUUCAGCCAGAACAUCGGGAGGCAGAUUUCUUCCAAAGUGAUCUGGGACCAUCUGAGCACCAUGUAUGACAUGCAGGCGCUUCAUGAAUCUGAGAUUCUUCCGUUCCCUAAUAUAGAGAAGAAUUUUGCUCUGCCUGAUGAAAUGAUUCAAGAAGUGAGAGAAGGAAAAGUAAUGAUAGAAGAAGAAGUGAAAGAGGAAAUAAAAGAAGAGAUGGAAACACAUGCAGGUCCAGAAGAAGUUUUUGCACCCUCUGGAAGUUUAGGAAAAGGAACUGAAAAGCCAAGUAGCAAAGAGAGAGAGAAAACUUCAUCCGAGUCUGGCUCCAAGGAAGGAUCUGAUAAGAGGAAACGUAACAGAGUCACCGAGAAGGUGCUGAACGCCAACAGCAACCCUUCCAGCCCCAGCGCCGCCAAGAGACGGAGGACGUGA